GAGGGGAGACUUUGGCGUGGAAGGUUCGCGAAAUCGCGGCAGGCGCCAUUGCGUGUGUCUUUCCGUCUAUGGCGACUGGAGCGAACGCGACGCCGCUGGGGAAGCUCCACCCGCCCCCGCCGCCGGGCAAGGCCGGCUACCCGCUGCCUCCGCCGGGCCUGGUCAUGCAAGGGCCCCCGCCUCCACCGCCGCCGCCGGGCCCUGCGCAGGCCCAGCCUCAGCCCGCCAUCCCCAGCCUCAUGGCGGCCGCCGCCUUCCCCUUCGCCGCCCUCCCGCCGCCACCGCCGCCGCCUCCUCCACCGCCGCCACCACCACCGCAGCAGCCCCAGCCGCCUCCCCAGCAGCAGCAGCCCCCGCCGCCGCCACCGCCGGCCCAGCAGCAGCAGCAGGUUCAACAGGCCCAGUAUAGCCAGUACCGCUUCCCCUCGCCCCCGCCGCAGCCCCCGCUGGGCCUGGAGCAGCAGCAGCCCCCGCCGCAAGGCCCGCAGCACCUCCACCACCUCCAGCAGCAGGACGAGGGCGGACAGGCCGGGGCCGGGAACCAAGAAACCUAUCUGUCUGCAGAUUUUCCCAAUAAAAAGAGGAAGAGGAGCAGAUGGAACCAAGAUACCAUGGACCAGAAGACUGUCAUCCCUGGAAUGCCCACAGUUAUCCCUCCUGGGCUUACCCGUGAACAAGAGAGAGCUUAUAUAGUGCAACUGCAGAUAGAAGACCUGACUCGUAAACUGCGCACAGGAGACCUGGGCAUCCCCCCUAACCCUGAGGACAGGUCUCCUUCCCCUGAACCGAUUUACAAUAGCGAGGGGAAGCGUUUGAACACCCGUGAAUUCCGUACACGCAAGAAACUGGAAGAGGAGAGGCACAACCUGAUAACAGAGAUGGUGGCGCUCAACCCAGACUUCAAGCCACCAGCUGAUUACAAACCUCCAGCAACUCGAGUGAGUGAUAAGGUGAUGAUCCCACAGGAUGAAUAUCCUGAGAUUAACUUCGUUGGGCUUCUGAUUGGACCCAGAGGGAACACAUUGAAGAACAUUGAGAAGGAGUGCAAUGCUAAGAUUAUGAUCAGAGGCAAAGGGUCUGUGAAAGAAGGGAAGGUGGGCCGGAAAGAUGGCCAGAUGCUGCCUGGUGAGGAUGAGCCACUUCAUGCUUUGGUCACAGCUAACACCAUGGAGAAUGUGAAGAAGGCAGUGGAACAGAUCCGUAACAUUCUGAAGCAAGGCAUUGAAACUCCAGAGGACCAGAAUGAUCUGCGCAAGAUGCAGCUGCGGGAACUGGCCCGCCUCAAUGGGACACUGCGUGAAGAUGACAACAGAAUUCUGCGUCCAUGGCAAAACACUGAGACUCGCAGCAUCACCAACACCACUGUGUGUACCAAGUGUGGAGGAGCUGGCCACAUUGCAUCAGAUUGCAAAUUUGCCCGGCCUGGAGACCCCCAGUCAGCCCAGGAUAAAGCACGCAUGGACAAGGAAUACCUGUCUUUGAUGGCUGAGUUGGGAGAAGCCCCUGUCCCAGCAUCGGUGGGAUCAUCUUCGGGACCUUCCAAUCCACCACUGCCAAGUGGUCCAAGACCUUCAGGGCCAGGAAACAACCAGCCACCUCCUAACCGCCCGCCAUGGAUGAACUCUGGCCCCUCUGAAAACAGGCCCUUCCAUGGCAUGCAUGGUGGUGGAGGAGGUGGAGGCGGAGGAGGAGGAGGAGGAGGGGGGGGACCUGGAGGGCCUGGUGGCCCUCACAAUUUCCCCCACCACAUGUCAAAUAUGGGAGGACAUGGGGGUCACCCAAUGCAGCACAACCCCAACGGUCCUCCACCUUGGAUGCAGCCUCACAACCCACCAAUGAACCAGGGACCACAUCCUCACGGUCCCCCCGGGCCCCAUCACAUGGAUCAGUACCUGGGCAAUGCGCCAGUGGGCUCUGGGGUCUAUCGCCUCCAAGGAAAAGGUAUGAUGCCGCCUCCGAUGGGUAUGAUGCCCCCUCCGCCCCCUCCACCCAGUGGUCAGCCUCCCCCGCCUCCCUCUGGUCCUCUUCCCCCAUGGCAGCAGCAGCAGCAGCCUCCACCCCCGCCUCCCAGCAGCAGUACUCCCUUGCCAUGGCAGCAAAGUGAAUACGACGACCACCACCACCACGAGCGCUGGCACCGGGGCCAUCCCUCCAUGGCAGCAGCAGCAGGGAGCGGCGGCGGUGGCAACUUCUACGGGGGCCCCGCAGAUGCAAGGCAGCCCCUCCAUGGUGCCUUUGCCUCCAGGGGUCCAGCCUCCGCUUCCGCCCGGGGCCCCGCCUCCUCCCCCGCCCCCGCCGCCUGGCUCCGCGGGCAUGAUGUACGCCCCUCCCCCUCCUCCGCCUCCCAUGGACCCUACUAAUUUCGUCACCAUGAUGGGGGUUGGAGUGCCAGCCUUGCCACCGUUUGGCAUGCCCCCUGCUCCCCCACCACCCCCACCACAGAACUGAAGAAUGGUUUUUCUAUACUGUUUUUUCUUGCCAAUCUGGAGCCAGGAGCUGGAGGGGAGACUUCUGAAACCCAGCCAGGAGCACAUGAGGAGUGUGUGUUCCUCUUCCCCCUCCUUACUCUGUACUUAGAGAGGUGUGUGACUCUUGUCAGAAUCCUUUUUUGAUGACUGACUGGUGUACUUCAGUAGCAGAACUUGCCCAUCAGGACACUAGUGCUGAGUCUCUUUCCCCCAUCCCACAAAGUGAGGUCUGCACCACCAUCCUAAAGUUUGGGAAAGUCCUGUGAAACUGCCAGAUCUAGCCAUGGCGGUAGCAACGGUGGCAAGGCCCCUUCUGUGUUUAGAUGCAGCUCUACCUGCCUUGCCCUCUGGGGUGGGACAGUGGUUUUUGUUCAUUUUAAGUUCUUCUUACAGAAUUAAAUUUUUAACCUCAUCUAAGAGACACAAGUUUUCCAUGGCCACAUGUAUCUCCCAUCACGGAAAAGUCUUGUCAGUAGAGUUAAAGAAGCAAAUGGAUUAUUUCCGUAGAUUUCUUUCUCUGAAGCUGGACGUCGCAUGCACUGCAGUUGAUAUGGGGAGUGCCAGUUUUCUCCCCUUUUCUCCAUAGCAAAGGAAAGGCAGACUUCACAGGGUGGGCCUUCCUCUGAAACUGGGAGUGGGGGCUUUAGGCCCUCUCCCCUACUCCCAUUGAGUAUUCUAAGAUGAAGUCACAAUUGAGAGGGCAUCUUCAUCUCUUUUGAAGUCCAUUUUGAUAUUGUCCAUCUGCCUAGAAACUCCUUUCUUUUCUUUUUACAUGCCUUGAGUGUUUUGUGGUUUGGGGUGGACCCGCCCCUAGAUUGAAUGAUUUUUGUUGACAGUGAUGUGUGUACAAAUGCUUCAUUCGAUCUCCUGUAACCAUUUUCUUAAUUGCUUUUUGUGUAAGAAUAAAAGAGCAGUGAAAGGGAGGUUCCAAUUAAAUGCAGCUUUUAAAAUA